GACCUGUUGGUGGGGCGAGCCGCCAGCCUGAGUGCCACCUCCACCUGCGGGCUGCGCCGGCCCCAGCCCUACUGCAUUGUCAGCCACCUCCAGGAGGAGAAAAAGUGCUUCAUCUGCGACUCGCGACGGCCCUAUGACGCCCGCACCAACACCAACAGCCACCGCAUCGAGAACGUGGUCACCAGCUUCGCCCCCCGUCCCAAGAAAGCCUGGUGGCAGUCGGAGAAUGGUGUGGAGCACGUCAGCAUCCAGCUGGACCUGGAGGCCGAGUUCCACUUCACCCACCUCAUCAUGACCUUCAAGACCUUCCGCCCCGCGGCCAUGCUGGUGGAGCGCUCGGCCGACUUUGGGCGCACCUGGAAGGUCUAUCGCUACUUCGCCUACGACUGCGCUGCCUCCUUCCCCCACGUCCCCCAUGUGCCCCCACGCCGCAUCGAUGAUGUCGUCUGUGAGUCCCGCUACUCUGACAUCGAGCCCUCCACUGAGGGAGAGGUGAUCUACCGAGUGCUGGACCCUGCCAUCCCCAUCCGGGACCCCUACAGCCCCUCCAUCCAGAACUUGCUGCGUGUCACCAACCUGCGGGUGAACCUCACCAAGCUGCACACGCUGGGGGACGACCUGCUGGACUCGCGGCGGGAGAUCCGGGAGAAGUACUACUAUGCACUCUACGAGCUGGUGAUGCGUGGGAACUGCUUCUGCUACGGGCAUGCCUCUGAGUGCGCCCCGCUCAGUGGGGCCCCUGCCACCGCCGACGGCAUGGUGCAUGGGCGCUGUGUCUGCAAGCACCACACGCAGGGACUGAACUGCGAGCGCUGCGAGGACUUCUACCACGACCUGCCCUGGCGCCCGGCCGAGGGCUCCAGCACCAACGCCUGUCGCCGCUGCGACUGCAACGAGCACUCACGGCGGUGCCACUUCGACAUGGCCGUGUUCCUGGCCACGGGGAACACCAGCGGGGCCGUGUGUGAUGACUGCCAGCACAACACCAUGGGCCGCCGCUGCCACCUCUGCAAACCCUUCUACUACAAGGACCCCACCAAGGACCUGCGGGACCCCGCAGUGUGCCGAGCCUGUGACUGCGACCCUGAGGGCUCUCUGGACGGUGGGCUGUGCGACGGAGCUGAUGACCCAGCCAGGGGGCUGAUUGCAGGGCAGUGCCGCUGCAAGGAGCAUGUGGCCGGUCCCCGCUGUGACCGCUGCAAACCUGGCUUCUUCAGCCUCAGCACCGAAAACCCACAGGGCUGCCAGCGCUGCCACUGUGACCCCCGUGGCACGGUGGCCGAUGGCAGCCGGUGUGACCCUGUUAGCGGGGAGUGCUUCUGCAAGCGGCUGGUGACGGGGCACAACUGCAACCAGUGCCUGCCCGAGCACUGGGGGCUGAGCCAUGACCUCCAGGGCUGCCGGCCCUGUGACUGCGAUGUGGGAGGUGCCCGCAACAACCUGUGUGCCAUGGAGACAGGGCAGUGCCAGUGUCGCAGCCACGUGAUGGGACGACAGUGUGAACAGGUGGAGCCUGGUUUCUACCGCAUCAAUCUGGACCAUUACACCUACGAGGCUGAGGAUGCUCGGCUGCAUCAGGGUUCGGUGGUGGAGCGUGAACCCCCCACAGACCGCCCAGCUUCAUGGACGGGGACAGGUUUUGCCCGCAUGUUGGAAGGUGGCUGGCUGGAGUUUCAUGUGAGUGACGUGCCUUUCUCCACCGAGUAUGACGUGAUCAUCCGCUAUGAACCCCAGCACCCAGAGGCCUGGCAGGAGGUGAGGCUGAAGGUGCUGCGCCCCAGCCCUGUCUCUGCCAGCAGCCCUUGUGGAAACACCAUCCCAGCCGAUGACCAGCUCUCCACCAGCCUCCCCUCUGGUGCCAGGUAUGUGGUGCUGCCCCAGCCUGUCUGUCUGGAGAAGGGUGUCUCCUACACCAUCCGCCUGGAGCUGGGCUGUGCUGCUGCACGGAAGGAUCCCACUGCCAGUGUGCUUAUUGAUUCGCUGGUGCUCCUGCCCCGUUACUCCUCACUGGAGAUGUUUAUAGCGGGUGAUCCCAGCUCCAUGAAGCACCGAGAGACCUUUGAGCGGUACCGCUGUGCCCAGACAUUCCACGCCGCAGGGCCCUCGCCUGUGGCCGAGCCCUGCUCCAGCCUCCUGCACAGCCUCUCGGCCAUCCUGCAUGACGGGGCGCUGCCCUGCCUCUGCAAUCCUCAGGGCUCGCUCAGUGCUGAGUGCCAGCCCCAGGGUGGGCAAUGCCAGUGCAAACCCAAUGUCAUGGGACGGCGCUGUGACCGCUGCUCCCCAGGAACCUUCAGCUUCGGGCCAGGCGGGUGCCGACGUUGCUCCUGCAACCCCCUGGGCACCGACGCCAGCACCUGUGGGCCCCAGCAGUGCCACUGCGACAGGCACAGUGGGCAGUGCCACUGCUUGCCCAACGUGGAGGGUCAGAGCUGCGACCGCUGCAGUCCCAACUUCUGGAACCUGGCCAGCAGGCAGGGCUGUCAGCCCUGUGCCUGCCACCCCCAGCACGCACUGUCACCUGCCUGCAACCAGUUCACAGGGCAGUGCUCCUGCCGGCCAGGCUUUGGGGGCCGGACUUGCACCGACUGCCAGGAGAACCACUGGGGUGACCCGCGGCAGCAGUGCCGAGCUUGUGACUGCGACCCCCAUGGUGUAGCCAGUGCCCAGUGCCAUCGCAGCAGCGGCCACUGUGACUGCCGGCCUGGCAUCUCUGGAGUCCGCUGUGACCAGUGUGCCCGAGGGUUUUCUGGUACCUUCCCUGCCUGUCAGCCCUGCCACCCCUGCUUCGGGGACUGGGACCGUGUGGUGCAGGACCUGGCUGCCCGUGCCCGGGCGCUGGCAGAGCGGGCCAGCCUCCUGCAGCACACCGGGGCUGCCGGCGCCUUCGAGGGCACCUUCCGACGGCUGGAGGAGAACCUGGCCACCGUGCGUGACGUGGUGGCCACCCGCAAUGCCACUGCCGCUACCGCCGCCCACUUGACACAUGCCACAGAGGGGCUGCGGCGGCAGAUCGAGGAGGCAACGGAGAGGCUGACGCGGUUGGAGGGGGAGCUGACGGCUGCUCAGGACGCCAACUUCAAUGCCAGCCACGUGCUGAACGCCGUGGACCGAGGUGCCCGCUCCCUCAACCACAGCCUGCAGGACCUGGAGCAGCGGCUACAUGCCCUCAAGACCUCCAAUUUCCUCGGUGCCUAUGACAGCAUCCACCAGUUCUUUGGGGAGUCUCGGGACGCCGAGCGCCGGGCAGAUGCCUCCACCCGCGCCGUGCCCAGCCCCAUCAGCACCUCGGCAGCCACCCGUCACCGCACGGAGCAGCUCCUGGCCAGCCACCGGGAUGACUUUAAUCGCUACAACGCAGCCAGUCGGCGGGCACUGAUGGACCUGGCAGAGCGGGCACAGGCGCUGAGCCUGCAGACGCUCAACGAGAAGGUCUGUGGUGUGGUGGGCAAUGUGCCCUGCGCUGAGAGCCCUUGCGGGGGUGCUGGGUGCCAGGAUGAGGAUGGAGGACGACGCUGUGGGGGUCUGAGCUGUGGUGGAGCCGUGUCCAAGGCUGACAGCGCGCUGGACCGGGCACACCAUGCCCAGGAGGAGCUGCGGCAGGCUGGCAGUGACAUGGCCCAGCUCUCCCACAAGGUGGCUGAGGCCAAGGGGAAGGCGGAUGAGGCUCGGAUGAGAGCACAGGCAGCCCUGGACAAGGCGAACCAGACCAGGGCCCGAGUGGAGAGCUCCAACAAGGAGCUGCGGGAGCUAAUCAGCCAUGUCAAGGCCUUCCUGAGCCAGGAGGGGGCUGACCCUGAGAGCAUUGAGGUGGUGGCCAGCCGGGUGCUGGAGCUGUCGCUCCCGGCCGCCCCGGCCCAGAUCCACCGCCUGGCCGAGGAGAUCAAGACACGAGUGCGCAGCCUGGCCAGCGUGGAUGCCAUCCUGGAGCAGACAGCCGGUGAUGUGCGUCGGGCUGGGCAGCUGCUGCAGGAUGCCCAGCGGGCCAGGUCGCGGGCAGAG